GAAAGCGAAAGUGGAGAAGGUGAAAAUGAAAGUGGAGGGGAGCGGAGGAGACUCAGCUGUCGUCAUUGCGAGUAUGAGACGGAGCACAAGCAGAUGAUGAGGAGACACAUGAGGUCCCACAGAACGUACCAGUGUGACCAGUGCGACUAUUCCACUUCACACAAGGACGGAAUGAAGCGCCACCUGGCGGUGCACACCGGUGAGAAACCUUACUACUGUGGCCACUGUGACUUCUCUGCAGCGAGGAAAGACGGUCUUUUUAGCCACGUUAGAGCAGUGCACAGCGGUGAUAGACCAUAUAAGUGCACUUACUGUGAUUAUUCUACAGCGCAAAACGCUCAACUUAAAAACCACGUUAUGGCUAAACACACCAACACCAGGCCGCACAAGUGCACGCUGUGCGACUAUUCUGCGGUUGAGAAAAGGGGUUUGAAGUUCCACAUGGCUACCCACACUGGGGAGAAACCGUACAAGUGUGAGUUGUGUCCUUUCGCCACUCAUCAAAAGCAGACUUUAAAACAACACGUGCUCACACACAGUGCCGAUAAACCGUAUAAGUGCCAUGUCUGUGACUAUUCCGCAGUCCAAAAGGGAGCUUUAAAAAGACACAUGUUGAAACACACACAACCUAAAAUCAAGGUUAAAAAGGAGCCAAAGAAACAUAGCUGUCCACACUGUGAGUAUGAAACCAUUAGUACAACAGCAAUGACAAAACACAUCAGGACCCACACUGGGGAGAAACCCUUCAAGUGUCAACAGUGCGACUACUCAGCAUCGCAGAAAGCGCAACUGCAACGGCACAUCCGGAGCAAACACACCGGUGAGAGACCUUACCACUGUGGCCACUGCGACUUUUCCGCGGCGAGGAAGGACGGUCUUUACGUGCACAUCCGGACGAUACACGGUGGGGAGAGGGCCUAUCAGUGCCAGUUGUGUGAUUAUUCGGCACAACAGACGGGUCACCUGAAAGAGCACGUCAUGGCUAAACACAGCAACACCAGGCCGCACAUAUGCACACUGUGCGACUUUUCUUCUGUUAGCAAAAAGUCCUUAAAGCAGCACAUGACGACACACACUGGUGAGAAACCUUACAGCUGUGAGUUGUGCAGUUUUUCCGCACGUCAAAAGGGCCACUUAAAGUUGCACAUGGCGAAACACACUGGGGAGAAACCUUUUAAAUGUGAAGUCUGUGAUUAUGCUAGUGCAUCAAAAUCAUCUUUAAAAAGUCACAUGGCCACACACACCAACAUAAAACCGUACAAAUGUGAGGUAUGUGAUUACUCGACCAUAAGCAUGCCUUAUUUGAAAAAGCACAUGGCAGUUCACGCCUUGGAGAAACCCUUCCACUGUGAAUACUGUGACUAUUCUGCAGCACGAAAAGUAGACCUAAAACGACACAUGGUUAAACACACCGGCGACAAACCGCACAGAUGUGAACUUUGUGAUUUUUCCACAGCGCGAAGGGGCCAUCUGAAGCGGCAUAUGAUCACGCACACUGGUGAGAAACCUUACCAAUGUGACGUUUGUGGAUACGCUUCGGCAGAAAUUUGCUCGUUGAAAGAGCACAUGACUAAACACACCGGGGAGAAGCCUUACCAAUGUGAAGAGUGCGACUAUUUCACAACGAAAAAAAGGAGCUUAGCAAUGCACAUGGCAAAGCACACGGGUGAGAAGCCGUACAUGUGUGAGAUCUGCGGGUUUAAGACAGGAACGCAGGGUACCUUGAGACAGCACACGGCCACACACACGAAGCCUCACAAGUGUGACCAGUGUAACUACUCUGCAGCGCAGAUUGCGCACUUGAAGAGGCACAAGGCUAAACAUGCCCAAGACAUAAGCAGUCUGUAACGUUAAGUGCCUGGUGAAAAAUCAAGAAACAAACUUAACUUGGAUCAGGGGUUCUUAACUUUGAAAAAUUGUUUUCCACGCAUUUUUGCAUAUCCAUUCGUAGUUCACAGGCAGGAUAUAUAAUCCCUCUCCAACUAGAUCUCUUCAGUGUCACUGACGAAGACUGCAUGCGGGAUAGUAGUUGAAACGUCUGACCGUUUCCAAAACCAAGGAACGUUCCUGGAAUGAAUGGGGACGUGUGCAAAGGACUGGGGACGUGUGCAAAGGAUUGUGGACGUGUGCAGAGGAUUGGAGACGUGUGCAAAUAGACAAGAAUCUUCAGCGACCAGAGAUCGUUGAAACAAUUUUUACUCUUUUUUUUAACAGCUCGUUGUCUUUUGAAUAUUUCUAUAACCUUGCUUUCAAAUGUACUUCCGCAAAUUUAGUUUCCUUCUUUUUAUUUUAUACCGCUUGUAGGUUCUUUUGCGAUCCACUUAAGACGUACGUCCACUUAAGUUUGAUAGCUGGCUUCAUCUUAACUGUAAUACUGAUGAUAUUAACUAUGGUAUUAAUUGAUUUAUCAUUAGUUAUAUGUAUAAUGGUAUUAUUAUUACUGUAGUAUGAAAACAUUUAACUUUGUUUAUAGCUAUAUUUAACUACAGACGUUCUACAGACAAAUGUGUGGAG